AUGUUUUUAAACUUUGCCCAUUUAUAUCGGAAAAACGCUACUGUCUCGAGCAGAACGAUGGUUAGGUUUACACAUAUGCUUCUUUUAUUCCGGAAAACCCUCCACGAAUCGUUUGAUUUGAUGUCGGGACCAGUGUGGACAAUUGUGGGCCAUUGUCGCCGCUAGCCGACCUGCUAACGCACGCUGACAUUAAAAAAAAAAAAACAAAAAAAAACGCCAUUCCGGGUCGAAAGAAACCAAAAACUCGCAGUGUCGACUUCACUUUGGGCCGGUUAUGUUUGUUCCUGUACCUGAGAAAAACAAAGAAAAUAGAAAUCUCCUCAAGACACUCAAAAGACUCGGCGAACUGCCGAUGACCGUCGACAUCCUGGUGGAAACUGGAGUAGGAAAGACCGUGAACUCCUUUCGGAAACAUGAAGUAGCUGCAGAGGUGGCAAGAAACCUUGUAGCCAAGUGGAAGAAACUGGUUCCCCAGUCGGCUGACAGUCGAAGCAGCAACAGUCAUGUGAAAGAGGCACCACGGUCACAUUCUCGAAGCGCUGAUGUGGCCCUCCAUAGACGCCAGCGCGAACCAUCCCCCGAGGAAGAGGAGCAUACCUACCCUGAAGAAGAAGAGGAAGACGAGCGAGGCUAUCGCACUAACUACUCUCCCUCACCACCUCAACGACAGCAGUACAGCCCCCCACAGCCUGGGAGUGACCAAUCCGACAAAUAUGACAGCCCUGGUCCGGAGCUUGAGCCAGAGCCCGAGCCCAGCCCAACUCCUCCUCCUUCCCGCCGGUCGCCGAUUCCCCACAAACACGGCAAGCCCAGCAGAGUUCCCAAGAACCCCCACCACCACCAUCACGGCGACCACUCCAACCGCGGCAGAGACAGCGAGACGCUGUCGCGCCACGUUCCCACAAGCCGCGGGGACGGGAAGAAGCGCAACGCCGAAAGGGAAUGCAGCCCAGCCACAAAGCCCGCCAAGCACGGCAGGAAGUCUGACGGCAGCAAGCGGGAGGAGACCAGGAAGGGAGGAGAUGAAGGGCGACCCCAAACACAGAAAGACUCACUCGGCAGCGAGGAGGACAACGACGACUUUGAGACGCCCACCAUGUCCUUCGAGUCCUUCCUCACCUACGACGCACCGACGUCCUCCGUUAAGAAGAAGAAGAAAACCACAGCGGCGUCCUCGUCCUUGCACGUUCGCCCUUCUCGCUCCUCCUCAACCGCGACGCCGACGAUGAAGCCUACGUCCUCUCGUCGCGACGCACCUCCUGCCGCCUCCUCGUCCUCGUCUUCAUCCUCCAAAGGGAGUAAAGCAAACGGCCUGGAGCGCACAAAGAGGUCUCGCUCGGGCUCCUCUUCAACCGUCCUGGAAAAACGCAAAAGGGUGGUGGAGGCCGUCCCGUCACUUCCCGAAAUCCCCCUGCCGGCCAUCCAGCCCGAUUACAGACCGCUGCCCUCCAUUGACAUCACGCCGCUGUCCCCUCAGAGGCGGAAAGGUCCCGUCUUCAACGACGAGGAAGACGCCGGCUUCACGGGCAAGCGCUUCAACUCCAAGAUGGUGGUCUACUCUGGAUCCAAGACCGCCUACCUGCCGCGGAUGAUGACGCUGUACGAGCAGUGCAUCCGCGUGCUGCAGAAUAACAUCGACUCCAUCGAUGAGGUGGGAGGUGUCCCCUUUGAGAUUCUCGGGCCGGUCCUGGAGCGCUGCACUCCAGAGCAGCUGUACCGCAUCGAGCAGAGCAAUCAGUGGUUCACAGAGGACUCAAACGAGCUGUGGAUGCGCCACUGUCAGCGUGACUUCAAGCGGGAGACGCCCCAGGAGUACGAGUCCUGGCGUGAGAUGUACCUGCGGCUGCAUGACGAGCGGGAGGUGCGCCUGCGCAGGCUCACGCAAAAUAUCAGCAUGGCGCAUGCCAACAAGCCCAAAGAGCGGCAAGUCAAAAUGGCGUAUGUCAACUCCGUGGCCAAGCCGCCUCGAGAUGUCCGCCGCCGGCAAGAAAAAUUUGGGACCAUCAACGGUUCCACGGCGGCCUCCACUGCCGCUGCCACACCCAUCAAAAUAAGACCGGCCAUCAUCGACUACUCCGGUGAGUCCAGUCAGUCGUCUUCCUCCUCGUCUCUCGUCAGCCCUUCUCCCGGAUCGUCACGAUCCUUGGCAUCAAACGCGGGAGCCUUAGGAGGACCACAUGCCUCUCGGGAAAAGCCGCAAGGCAAAAAAAUCGCCCCCAUGAUGGCCAAAACUAUCAAAGCUUUCAAGAACAGAUUCUCCCGCCGAUAAUUGCUUUUAAUUGAAACCUUUUAUCCAAGGCAGUGUCUUAAAAACACAUUUCCGACUAAACAUGACCGUUGUGGGGUUGGUAGGGGAAAAGGACAGAACUUUUAUUUAAUUUGGGCUGUUUUUUUUUUUUUUUAAAUAGAUAUUUAAAUGAUGGCUGUGUCAGUGUGGAAACAAAAAGGUUAUUUUAGGAAGCAAUGCACAAAAUUACACCAGACAUGACAUGCGGGGGGAAAAAAUAUUUAUCUGUCACCACAACGAACAUUCAAAAUAGUAUUUGUGGCCACGAAAUAAGAAAUUUUUGAAGCAAAUACUAAUUUGUGGCUACCAAUUACAUAUAAGCGUGUGGACAAAUGAUUUAUUAAAAUGACUAUUCUUGGACAAUUGGGCGAGCAAAUGCAUUGAACCCUCGCUCGGAAUUGUACAAGGUACGCUCCAUUUGUUCACCCAGACGUCCAAUUUGUUCAUAGGACUGAGGUUCAACCUACAAAUUAGUAUUUCAUGCAAACGUUAUGUUGUGCCCACAAUUGAAUAUUUUUUUUUCCCCUUGUCACGUCUGGAGCUCUGUACACACCAACAUUGUUUUGAAAAAAAGAUGGAAGAAAUGGGUCAUUUGUUUUUUUUUGUAGUCAUGUACGCCUUUGGAUGAAAACAUGAUGAGUUGUGUCUUUUAAAGUGAGUGCAUGUCGCAAAGCAUUCACAGACUGCUCUGUUUGACUUUCUUGAUGAGGACUCAAAAGGAUCAAUUAGCUCCUCUCGUUAAAGUCUUCUUUCCUGCUGUCCACUGUAUGUGCGUCCUCCCGUGUGUAAAUAUCCACUUUAUCUGCUUCACUGUGACAAACCAGAAGAUGAGGAAAACACCCACCAUGAACUUGUUUUACGAGAUGUAUUUAUGACACUAUUAAUGACGUUAACCAGAUGCCCCCUGCUUGUCUUUGGCACACAAAAAGGAAGUAGAUGGAAAACCUGUAAUUUUAUUAGAUUUUAAUAAAUGUUAUAUGGUCUUUUUUUUUUUUUUUUUUUUUAAUUUGACUUUUUGCCCAAA